UAUACUUUGCAGGUCGUUUUAACUAUAGUUAAAGGUUAAAUUUUUGAACCUAUAAAUUUAAGUAAUUACUUUAAAUUUAUUUUUCAGACAAUUAUCUACUAUGAUGCUUUAAUUGUAGAAUUUUACUUCCGUUUAAUAGUUUUUGUAGAAAAAAAGUUCGUUUAUAUUUUUUUAAUUAACGGUUUUAAAGUAUAAUGAUUUUUGGAUAGCAGUCGAAUUAAAUUCAAUCCACGUAUAAUUUUCUAUUACUAUAGUCCACAACUAUGUUUUAUUUCACUAAAGAAAAAAUACUUUCAUCGGCCCAAUUGAAAAAAUUAAGCGAGCAUACAUAUAAAUGUGAAAGUCGCAGCUUAACAGACUCUUACAUUCAACCAUUUUGGAAUUGGCUUGUGUUACAAACACCUAUUUGGUUAGCACCUAAUUUAAUUACACUCAUUGGACUAAUUGUUAAUGUUGCUACUACAUUAAUAAUCAUAAACUAUAGUCCUGACUCAAAGUCUGAGGUUCCUAGAUGGGCAAGUUUUUUAUGUGGAUUAGGGUUAUUUGUAUAUCAAAGUCUUGAUGCUAUAGAUGGAAAACAAGCUCGGAGAACUGGUUCAUCUACUCCAUUAGGUGAACUCUUUGAUCAUGGUUGUGACUCCAUUUCUACUAUUUUUAUUACAUUAUCAACUUGUAUUUCUGUAAAAUUGGGUGAAUACCCUUCUUGGAUGUUUUUUCAAAGUUUGUUUGCUAUUGGCUUAUUUUAUUUUGCUCACUGGCAAACCUAUGUUUCUGGUACUUUGCGAUUUGGAAAAUUUGAUGUUACUGAAUCUCAAUUAGUUAUCAUAACCUUGCAUUUAAUGUCAGCUAUUUUUGGAACCGGUGUUUGGGAUUAUGAAAUUCCAUUUUUUCAAAUGAAACUAAAAUUUAUGUUAUUAUUAACAACUAUGGUCAUAUCCAUAAUUUUAGCUAAGUCGAAUCUCAAUGUAAUACUUACUGGUGGUAUUGGUAAAAAUGGAUCUUCAGUUGCAGGAACAAGUGUAUUAUCACCUGCUAUUCCUCUAGUUUUAGUAAUGCUACCUGGUUACAUUAUUAGCUGCAAAAGUACUGAAAAUAUUUAUGAAAAUCAUCCAGUGCUAUACAUAAUGUCAUUUGGUUUAGUUUGUGCUAAAAUAACUAAUAAACUUGUGAUAGCACAUAUGACUAAGAGUCCUAUUGAGUAUAUUGACUCCACUCUUAUUGGACCAGCAAUGCUAUUUCUAAAUCAAUAUUUUAACUGUGUACUUCCUGAGUACUAUGUUCUUUAUAUGUGCUUGGUGUGGACAAUUGUUGAUCUAUCACUGUAUUCAAUAUUUGUUUGCAAAGAAAUAUGUGAUCAUUUGAGAGUUUAUUUGUUUUACAUAACUCCUAUAGUAGUUUCAACUAAAACUAGUGCAUCUAGUAAAAUUGGAGGAUUAUCCAGUAAAAAUGGAAGUAAUAUAGGUGGUUCAAAUCAUCAUUUUAAGUAUCCAUCUACUAUGACUAGUUUUAUUUAUCCAUCUAAAAUAAAGUAAUUUUAUUAAAAAUUAUUCAUCUCAUUAUUGACUACUGGAAAAUCUAAUCAUGUUCAAGUAUGUUUUGAAUUAUCCAUUUUUUCAAUUUUGUUUUGUUUUGUUCAUCUAUUUAAAAAAUAUACAUUUAUAAUAUUGCUAUGAAUAUAUGUAUAUUUCAUAGUAUAUACAAUUUAUAGAAUAUUACUAAUAUGUUUAAGAAGCAGUAUAAUUUAUAUUUGUGAGUCAAAUA